UUUUAGGAAAUGCAAACCACCUCAACCAAUACUCAAAGAGGAACUUCAAAGGCAAAAAUAACAGUCAGUGACAAUUUUAGACAACAGUUGCAAGCAUUAAUUGAUGUAUUACAAAACACAAAACCUUGGUAUGUUCGAUGUAUUAAGCCAAAUGCUGAAAAAUUACCAAAUAAAUAUGAUGAAGUCCUAGUUUUAGAUCAAUUAAAAUAUUUGGGAAUGCUGGAUAUAAUUCGGAUAAGAAGAGAAGGAUUUCCAAUUCAUUUAAAUUUUAAUGAAUUUAUUUCAAAAUAUAAAAGUUUAUUAAGAGACAAAAAAGCGGAGUCUUCUAAAGCAUAUAUUGAAAAUAUAAUGCAUCGUCUAAACGUGCCGCACUCAGAAUGGCAAAUUGGAAAAUCAAAGGUUUUUUUGAGGUCAAAAGCUUACGAACCAUUAGAAGAUACAAGAAAAUACUUAGUACACUCAAAGGCUUUACUAAUACAAACAAAUUGGAAACGUUACAUUCAAGUUAAAAAUUAUCAACACAUUCGUAAUGCAACCUUAAAAAUACAACAUGCUUAUAGAGGAUGGAAAAUGCGCAUUCAGUUUUUAAGAAUGCGAAGAGCUGCAGUUGUAAUUCAGAGCCAUUUACGUGGAGUUUAUGCGAGGGAGGUUGCAGCGGCAUUGCGUGAAAUGCGUAGAGUAGAUGAAGAAAUGAAGAAAAGGCAAAAGUCAUUGCAAGAGUCGUUAACAAAUAAUGAAGACCACCAAGCGUUGGAAGAUUGUGAAAGAAUGGUCCAAGAAGAAAUGAAAGCUCUGUCUCAUAUGGCCGAUCAAAUUAAUGGUUUAAGGACAAAUAAUAAUCUUUCCCCUUCGGGAAAAAGUCAUGACUCGAAUGAUAACUUAAAUAAUGAAUCUGUUGAUUUAGAUAAUUUAUUUGCCUUUUUAAGCGACGUCACAUCGAACAAUUCUGCUAAUCCGAUUUUGGACGAAUUAAGUGAUAAAAUGGAUAAUCUUGUUCAAGAUUUUGACGAUGAGCUAGGAAAUUGUAAUAAUACUGAUUCUGAAUCUCACGUAUUGAAUCAAGUUCCCAACAAACCAUUACCAUCGUUGCCGGAACCCACAAUGCCUCCACCUCCACCACCUCAUGAUAGUAAUCAUGAUAAUUUAGAUAAAUUAAAAAGUUGUGUUUUAAUUUCAAAACAAAUAAAGCCGGAGCCCAUUUAUGAGGCAGUUUUAAUUGGAAGAGGCAUCCAAAUUAAUGAUGAGAAGAAAUCCCAGGAGCUUGAUAUAUCCUUAUCUGAUGCAAGUGAUCUAGUUCAUCACAAUAAUUUAUUAAAUGAAACUAAUUUAUGUCCCUCUGUAGCUGUAAAAACAGCACCUACAGUUACAAAUAUAAUUCAAAACGCAAAAGACUCGGAAAUAUAUACAGAACGCGAACAGAGGCGAAAAUACCGCGUGGAAAAGAAAAUUAUGGAAAUGCAUCAAAAUACUGCAGAUAUACAAAAAGAUUUAUACAACAAUGAUGUUUAUUACGAUAUAAUGGAAUUCGCCGAACAUUAUUUUAAUGUUCAUGAUAGAACUCCAGAAGGAACCAUAAUUGCAACUUUAACCAGAAAGAAUAAAAAAAAUGUUGAUCAGAUCCCAAAAUACGAAAUGAUAACAUUUUUUAAGGGAGAUAGAAUAUCCUCAUCCCAUAUACAUAUGUAUGAUCCUGAAAAUGUAGUUUUUGCUUGCAAUAUAUUUCGUGAACUAUGCAAAUAUAUGCGUGGGGAAUUUAAUGCGGAGCGGGAACUUCAGGCCAUUCAGUACAUUAUAGGACUAGGAAUAGAACGAGAAGAACUUAGGGAUGAAAUAUUCGUACAAUGUAUUCGUCAAACAACAAAAAAUCCUAAUUUGGAAUGGACUGAUCGUUUAUGGUUAUUAUUGUGUUUAAUAAUCGUAGCUUUUCAGCCGAGCAAAUUACUGUUCAGAUAUUUUGUUUCACACCUUAAGAAGUGUUUGGAGUCAUUAGAUGGGAAACUGCGUCAGUACGCCCAAUGGUGUUUUGACAAUUGCAAAUGCACAAAAGUAUCUUCUCGAUUACUACCUCCUUCAAGCGUAGAAGUCGCAGCAAUGAGACGACUUGGAACUAUUGUAUGCCGAUUUUUUUUUUUGGAUGGUCGUACAAAAGCUAUUGAUGUCCAUCCUACGGACACAGCGGGUGAUGCCGUGUUAAAAUUGGCCGAAAAACUUAAUCUAUUUAAUACGGAAGGUUGGGCCAUAUUUCAAUCACGACCGAAUGGAGAAGAACAUAUCAAAUCUUUUGACUACUUAUAUGAUGUUAUAGCAGCAUGGGAAUUAAAACAAGUUAAAUUACAACCAGCCACAGCAACACAUAAACGACUAAAUAAUGGAUCAUCAUCAGGAGAAAAUCGUUUUGUUUUUAAAAAAAGAUUAUUUAAGUCAACUAGAGAAUUAUCACAAGAUCCUGUGGAAGUAAACCUUCUGUAUGCUCAAGCUGUUUACAGUGUUGUAAAGUGUGAUGAAUUUCCAGUUAGUGAAAAAGUUGCUCUUCAACUUGCUGGACUUCAAGCUCAAGUUGCUUUAGGUGAUCCGUCAAACCAGCCCAAACCGGAAUAUUAUAUUGAUAUUAAUAACUUUCUUCCAGAAAGAAUUUCAAAAACAAGAGAACAAGAAUUUUGGAUUCCCAUUUUAGCACAAGCACAUCGCCAAUAUGGAGCGUCCAGAAAUGAAUUAACUGCCAAGGUGCUAUAUUUAAGUUGUGUUAUGCAAUACCCACUUUACGGCACAACGAUGUUUAAUGUUAUAUAUAAAGGUUUUUGGAGUCAUGGAAGUAACAUAAUUUUUGGUGUUAACUAUGAAGGAAUCAUGUUUAUUCAGCCUGAAGAUAAAUUUAUACUAUAUCAAUUUAAAUACAUUGAUAUUGAGUCCAUUAUGUUAGAUCCCAGUGACAGUUUUAUAACUCUUACGUUAAACAGACAAUAUGUGCAAGUUAAUAAGCCAAAUAUUAAAGACUCAAAUAUUUCACUAGAAGCACAAAGAUGUUUCGUAUUUGAAACACUACAGAAAAAUGAAAUCGGAUCACUUAUUGUAUCGUAUUAUCCACCACUUUCCAACUGGAUUAUGAACAGUUUUGAAGUUUCUAAGAAAAGUAAAGGAACAACAAAUGAGGAUCGUGCUCGUUUGUACCAGAAUGUUGUUGUUUGUAGGAGACAACUAAUCGAUAUGGAAAUAUUAAGAAAACCUCAAGAAUCUGGAGGCGGUUUCUUUAGAAAUACUUUAAGAAGAUUGUCAAAACAUCGCUUGGAGAAAUUAAGAGCUGAACAAGGAAAUAAUGUUCAAGAACAUGGAGAAACAUACAAAGGAUUUCCACACUCGUAUUGGGCUUUUAGUAGAAUUCAAAUAACCCAAAGUCUGAGUAAAUUAUCAGAUCAAGAAGAAACAGUUAUGGUGCAAAUCUUUCAAGCGAUUUUAACAUAUUCGGGACUUGGAAUUUCAGGUGAUACAGUGCAAAGAGCUGAAGAUGAACAUGUUACUAUUGUACAAUCAAUCAUGGAUAAAUGUAUGCGAAAAGAGUCACUGAUAAAUGAACUUUAUUUGCAACUUAUAAAACAAACAACUGAUCAUCCGGAUCCCAAUUCAAGGGUUAAUCUUCGCCAUUGGGCGCUGUUAUCAUUAGUAUGCAGUGUAGUUUUACCUUCAGUUAAAACUAUUCGUAAAUAUUUAGUUAGUCAUUUGAAGAGAUGUGCCAGUGAUUACAUAACAGAGGAAGGAAAAUAUGCUCGUUUUGCAGAAAAGUGUUUUUUUAAAACUCAAGGUACCAGAAGACGACAAUGGCCUCCAAGUCGCGAAGAAAUUUUAUGCACUGUUAAUCGCAGACCAUGUUACUCAAGGUUUCAUUUUAUGGACGGGCAGUUUUACUCAAUUGAAUUUCAUCCUAGCUCUACGGCUUUCGAAGUUAUGGAACUAAUUAAGAAAAAAAUUGGACUUCAAGAAAAUUCUAUGGGAUAUGCCAUUUAUGAAGUUGUUGGAAACACUGAAAGAAGUUUACUUUUCGAGGAAAAAAUUGCAGAUGUUAUGGCAAAAUGGGAAAAAUAUAGAAACGCUACACAGCAAAGUUUAAGUAUAGCGUCUAUCAAUACAACUACAGUCAACUGCCGCCACCAACAUUAUAUGUUCUUGUUUAAGAAGCAUUUAUUUUGUGAUGACUACAUUAACAUUGAUGAUCCAGUAGAAAAAGAACUAUUAUAUCAUCAGGUGCUGCAUUCUCUUCGUACUGAAAGAUUUCCUAUAACUGAAAUGGAAGCUAUUAUGUUGACGUCACUUCAGGGACAACUUGAAUUAGGCGAUUGUGAUGAAGAAGUGAAUGACUAUCGAAUAAUUGCAAGCCAUUGCUUGCCUCCAAGAUUUGUUCCUAAUAUACCACAUGAAGCCGUUGCAAUGCAUCACCAAAGUCUUCGUGGAAUGCUACCAGCUGAAGCUAAAAAAUCGUUCUUGAAUUUAAUACAGAGUUGGCCUCUUCACCGCGCAACAAUAUUUGAUGUGAUGCAAACAUUUACGUCCAAUUGGCCACGUGUAUUAUGGUUAGCUGUGGAUCAAAAUGGCAUUCACUUACUCGAACACCGUUCCCGAAAUAUUCUAUGUACUCAUGACUACGAAUCUAUUAUUUCGUACUCUCCAAAUAUGAAUUCGUUGAUGAUAUUUACUGGAACCGAGAAAAAACAAUCAAAAGUAAUACUGAGCACAACACAGGCAUUCCAGAUUGCAACGCUUAUUAAAGAAUAUACGGAAAUAGUGAAAACACGAAGAAAUGUAAUAGAAACUUCUAGUAUGCAAUAAAGCGAUGCUUUUAGAUAAUUAAAAGAGGAGAGUGAAUUGUAUAUACAACCAUUAUUUGCAGUAAUAAUAAUAGUAAUUAAUUUUAUUAGCUAAAGCUCACAUUUAAAAUAUGUUAUGUUCUAUUACCAAAUUUCAAGUUUAAUGCAAUAUUUCGUAAUAAACAUUAUAUAACUUUAAAAAAUAUAUAAAAUAAAUAUAUAAUUACUAAUGAAGGUAAGUUAUGUUAAACAAGUGUGCAGUGUUGACAUCUCUGAUUUAUUUAAAUACAACACUGUUUGUAAGAUUUCUUAGUCCUCUUUUACAUUGAGAUUUUUUUCUCCUGGCCUUUUCUCAAUUUUUUUAAAUUACCUUCGUAAAAUCUUGAAUGUUUACUUUGAGACUUUUA